CGAUGGCGAUGGGCACCAGGACAGCACAGACAACUGCCCCACCAUCAUUAACAGCUCCCAGCUGGACACGGAUAAGGAUGGGUUGGGUGACGAGUGUGAUGAGGACGAUGAUAAUGAUGGCAUUCCUGACCUCUUGCCCCCAGGCCCUGACAACUGCAGGCUGGUUCCCAACCCAGGGCAGGAAGAUGACAAUGGUGAUGGAGUUGGGGAUAUCUGCGAGUCUGAUUUUGACCAGGAUACAGUGAUCGAUCGGAUCGAUGUGUGCCCUGAGAAUGCAGAGAUCACCUUGACAGACUUCAGGGCCUAUCAGACAGUGGUGCUGGACCCAGAGGGGGAUGCGCAGAUUGAUCCCAACUGGGUGGUAUUGAACCAGGGCAUGGAAAUUGUGCAGACCAUGAACAGCGAUCCUGGCCUUGCUGUUGGUUACACAGCUUUUAACGGUGUUGACUUUGAGGGCACUUUUCAUGUGAACACGGUGACAGAUGAUGACUACGCUGGCUUUAUUUUCGGCUAUCAAGACAGCUCUAGCUUUUAUGUGGUAAUGUGGAAACAGACUGAACAGACGUACUGGCAAGCAACUCCCUUCAGAGCUGUUGCAGAGCCCGGCAUUCAGCUAAAGGCUGUGAAAUCCAAGACAGGCCCGGGCGAGCACCUCCGCAACUCCCUCUGGCACACGGGGGACACCAGUGAUCAGGUCAGGCUGCUAUGGAAGGACCCCCGAAAUGUGGGGUGGAAAGACAAAGUCUCCUACCGCUGGUUCUUGCAGCACCGACCCCAGAUUGGCUAUAUCAGGGCAAGAUUUUAUGAAGGCUCUGACCUAGUGGCAGACUCUGGUGUAACUAUAGACACCACGAUGCGUGGAGGACGGCUUGGCGUUUUCUGCUUCUCUCAGGAAAACAUUAUUUGGUCCAACCUGAAAUAUCGCUGCAAUGACACCAUCCCAGAGGACUUUCAAGAAUUUCAAGCUCAGCAAUUUGGCGUUGGUGAUAUUUAAGAAGGAAAAGCAAACUAACAUUGCUAUUGCAAAAAAUAAAACAAUGUAUUUUAAAUCCUUAUAUGAUUGUUGUUGCAAGAGUGCACACUGCAGCUUGUUCUCAUUGAUGUGACUAUGUCAGACUUUUUUUUUUUUUUUGUAUAAAAGUGAAAAUAAAAAGGAGA